UUUUACUCAACUAGAUCAUCCACCCUGUAAACACUGGACUCUGGACAACAUGGCCAAACCCAAACCAACCACCUCAUUUCCCAGAGAAUAUUCCCCCAACUAAAUCGGACCCACCGACUUCGGAAGCUCGUGUUUUUCUACACAGCCCCCCGCCCCUCCAAUCCUUCCCGCUCUGGCUCUCUUAACCGGCAUGUCUUACGGCGACUGCCCUCUGGUUCUUGAAUCUCAUCAAGACCGUCCGCUUUCUUCACUGCUUUCUUGAUCGAAUCGCGUCCGUCGAUUCGCCCCCGAAAGCGAUGAUGAAGAAAGAAAACGGAGAUCACGAGGGCACGAUGCGCGUGCUUGAGAUCCACCUCAUCUCCGCCCAGGGCCUCAAAGCCCCCGCCGGUACCUUGCGCCGCAUGCAGACCUACGCCCUCGCCUGGGUCGACUCGGCCCACAAGCUCCGAUCCCGGGUCGACAAGAUCGGAGCCUCGAACCCCACCUGGAACGACCGGUUCCUCUUCAAGGUCCCGCCGGGCUUCCUCUCCAGCGAGACCUCCGCCGUCUCCGUCCAGAUCUACGCCAUCGGUACCUUCCGCGAUCACCUCGUCGGCUCCGUCCGAUUUCUGAUCAACAAUUUUCUUGACGUCCACUCCAAGAUGCCGUCGUUUACCGCGCUCCAGAUCCGGCGACCUUCUGGAAGGUUCUACGGCGUGUUGAAUAUUGGAGCGAUGGUGAUCGACGGCUCUGAUCUGGCCCCGGCGGUGAACGAGAUGUCGGCGAUCGGAUACCGUGAUCUGAUGGGGAAGGGAGAGAGCUUCGGGCGCAGACGCCGCCACGGCGACAGCAUGAGGAUCAAGUCGAAGGAUUACUCUGGCGACUCAAGGGAGAAUUCUUGUGCCGAGUCAACGGAGAACUCGGACGCUGGCGAGUCGGUGGCGUCAUCUCCGGCGACGCCAUUGCCGCCUCUGAAGGAGCUGAACGGGGUAGGAGAUUUGGCGGGAACAACCAAGGUGUUGAGGACUGCUCCAUCGGACGGCUCGCGUUUCUUGUGCUGCUUGCUGACGCAGAGGAAGAUUCAAUACACUCCGACGGAUCAGAACCCGGAUGGGGCCCACAGCAGAGAAAGGUAAAAGUGAAAAAGUUAAAAACAAAAAAGUAGAAGAUUGAAAAGAAAAUGGGUUUUGAUUUUGAAUCUUGAUGAGCGUUGAUGGAAGUGGAGGUUAUUCGUGGGUUUUGAUUGUGGAAGAAAAAUUGCGUGAAUAUUGCCGGUGGAGAUGAACACAGGUUGGAUUAAUUGCUGAAGAAGAGAGCAUUAACAAACUACAAAUUACAAGUUACUGAGAGUUGAUUACUACCCAGACUUUAGUUUCUUCUUGAUUCUGAAUGUACAGGAAUCAGGCAGGCACUAGAGAGUGGCUUAGAAUCUUCUAUUAGAAAAACCAUGUAUGAAUUUGUGUUUUUUUGUGCAAAAUGUGCAUCGAAUCGAUCUUGGUCAUGUCAAAAAGCUGAUCAAAUUUUCCUUCUAAACUUUGAUUGUCAUGUAAGCUGUCUACUUUGAGGUUUCAAUGACAAUUCAAGAGGUGUGGACUUUUUGCACA